GAUUCGUCUUUGUGAAGAGCUCGUAAAUAAACAAAACUAUUUCGUUGCAAAUUUUCAUAAAUACACGGCUUCAAAACGGAUACAAACACAACAAUGAAGGAUGUGAACCUGAAGCCAUCACUGGCUGUCGAUGAAAUGUUUCCGGAAGGAGCGGGCUAUAUGGAUAUGGAAGAGUCCGGUAGUGCCACAGGCAUGAUGAUGGAUCUUCCCACCAAUGAGAAACAUGUCCAUGCCGAUUUCUACAAUGAUUUUGAUGAUUUAUUCGAUGAGGACAACUGGACAAAGAUCGCCUCCGAUAACGAUAGCGCCAAAAAGUAAAUCCUGUAGCAAUUACAAUAUGUAUAAUUCUUUUGGAAGUAACUAAUGAAAAGAGUCUUGUACUUGUAUUAAGCUCUUAAAAAUUA